UUCAAAGACUCGAAACUAUCGAUAUAUGUAAUUUAUAACUGUUAACGCUUUGAUUUGCAGUCACUUCGCGCCUACAUAAACAUAGAAAAAUUAAGCGAAAUGACCUUUGAAUAUUUUCCUAAAGUAUUCCAAUGUAUUAUGCAUUUGGCAACAUCAAAUGAAGAUUUUCAUAGUGUAUUAACUCGCCUUGAAAAUGCGCUUAAAGACAAAGACGAGCUCAAGAAAAUGAAGGAAAACCUUCAUAAGGAAACGCCGAAUUUGCGUAUCGAUAUGGUGCUGGCACGUGAAGCAACAGAUGUGCGUCAAGAAGAAAUUAAACAAAUGGAAACCGUUGCCAAAACUAUACAAAGCUCAUACGAAUAUCUACUGGAAACGGCCAACUUGUUCGACGAUGAGAAGAUCAAGAAUAUGCUUAGCUUCGGGGUUAUGCGGAAGGAACAGGAGGUGCAGCAGAAAAUCAAGGCCAUUGAAAUGGAACAGAAACUCCAGCUGGAGGGAAAAGUCGCAAUGGAAGCGCGUUCAAUUGUUCAGGAGUUUCGUAAAUGGCAGCUACAAUUGAAGGAAGCAGAGGAAGCCAAUUCAAGGAUUGUCUUAGAAUCAGCUGAAAUGGAGCGCUACUGGAGCGAGAAAUUGGCUCGAGCCACUCAGCAACGAAACAGAAAGAUUGUUUCCUUGGUGCAGCUGAGCAAGCGAAUCACCGAGCUGAAGAUUCCAGUUCCAUCCGUCACCAAGGUCAAGGCUUGCGAACCCAAGGCUAUGGCUCCGCCCAAGAAAGUUGAGCCGCUCGUGCUGCAGCCGGCAUUGGAUUUCAUCAACAAGUAUGCUGAGGUGAACAAAGUCGUUGACAAAGCUAUUGCCAUGGACACAUCAAUGGAGCCUCCGUUGCGCUCCAUAUUAGUGCUCAAUCGAUCGAUGGACAGUUCCAAUGAGCUAGAUGCCACAGCAAAUCCCAAUAAGCAGGUACAUUUUGCCCCUUUGCCCUCGCCAGCUCACACCAGCAGCAUUGAGCCGCUUGAUCUUCCGACUGAUAUGGUUGACAUAUCUGACAUGACCUCAGAGUCGUCGCAGCCAGAGGUUGAAAAUAGGCUUGAUCCGAAAAAUAUUCCUAAUAAAGUUGUGGUCGAAAAGGUUGACGUUUUGCCAACAUUGUCAUUCGAAAUUCCUUCAAAUUUAGAUGGAUUUGAUAACCUAAAUUAUGAUAAUAUUUUUCAAUGCACUGAGUCUAUGCCAGAAGAGGGCAUGGAAGAGGAUAAAAACCAAUCAGAAACUAUGAAUUCAAAUAAUAAUUUGAGUAAUAAUUCGAAUAAUUCCGAUAACGUAAAUAUGAUAAAUUUUGACUCUUUGAGUUUCGCAAACGAAUCAGAAUAUGCUGACAACGAUUUCUUUCUAAAUUUAACUGGCAGUUCAAACAACAGCUCUUAUGACUUGUGAGAACCGAUGAAAAAUUUGAACGUACGUGUAUCAUUUGCCAAGGCACAUAA